AUGGAGGCACAUACUCCGCUGCUGGAAAAUAUGUCGUCCUCUCUUGGAUUGGAUUCAACAGAACCUGUCUCGCCGGAGACCCCACUGCUAAGGGAACGCAAGCAUCUGGCGCUCUCCAAUUAUGAAACAAAGACAAGCAACAAGCGUGGGCGGAAACUCCCACAUAUCAUCGCACAUCGCGGAUUCAAAAACAAGUUCCCAGAAAAUACCAUGGGAGCAUUCCGAGGUGCCAUAGACGCAGGCAGUCACGCGAUUGAGACAGAUUUGCACUUGUCGAAAGAUGGAGUUGUAGUAAUCUCACAUGAUGCUACUUUGAAGCGUUGUUUUGGGGUGGACAAACGCGUGAUCGAUUGCGACUGGGAGUAUCUCAGUACGCUGAGAACGCUCGAGAAGCCAUACGACAGCAUGCCAAGAUUAUCAGAUCUGCUUGAGUAUCUUGCCUCUCCGGGGCUGGAGGAUAUCUGGCUAUUGCUGGAUAUCAAAAUCGACAAUGACCCGGAGACGAUUAUGCGACGAAUCGCCGAAACUGCAGCGGCAGUUGCACCAGGCCGGAAACCGUGGAGUGAACGAAUCGUGCUUGGAUGCUGGUCGGCAAAGUACCUACCACUUGCGAGAGAAUAUCUUCCAGAUUAUCCGAUAGCGUUGAUUUGCAUAGAUCUUUCCUACGCUCGCCAGUUUCUCUCCAUCCCCAACGUCUCUUUCAAUGUCAACCAAAAGAUCCUUAUGGGUCCACUAGGUCGCAAUUUCCUUGAAGAAGCCCGAGCCGCGAACCGCCUAGUAUUCGUGUGGACGGUCAACAAGACGAGUCUAAUGCGCUGGAGCAUCCGCAAGGGCGUAGACGGUGUCAUCACGGAUGACCCUGCUGUGUUCAAGGCUAUCUGCGAUAACUGGGAUGGCGGAGGUACCGAUAAGGACCCAAUCACGAUUCGAAAUACCGUACAACGAUGGCGCAAUAUAAAACGCUCACAGAGCGUUAGCCUCUCAAUAAUUGCCCUCUUCUAUAGGCAUUAA